AAAAAGAGAGUCUGAACAGCAGAACUCCCCAAUUAUUUUUAAUAAGCAAGUUUGCCUUUCUGAGAACAUUUUGUGUGUGUACACAGAUGGACAUAUCUAUUUGCAUAAAUAACCCUAGUGACUCUUUGUAAGGAUUUUACUAGAUUCAGUAUAUAACAUUAAUUCAGAUCGAGAGGGUAUAGAGGAGUAUGAGUCUUUCAUUUUGAAAGCUCGGUAUGCUGCCAUUUUGUGAGGGGGGGAGCCUGCGUUUUGAAUGUCUAUGAGAACCUGGUGCCAGCGAUCGCUCCCAUUUGGCAUCUCUCAUCCUUCAGCACUCAAAAAACAUCAAAAAAAAAAAAAAAAACAACCACCAAACAACCCUGCCACACUCUCCUGUAAGCCCAUCUUGAGGUGACAGAUUAACACCCGAGGUGGGGACGGGCCAAGGGCCACUCAGCCCGUGGCUGACCCCGGCACCCGGGAGGCCGGGCGGCCGUUACGCGUAACGGUCGUUCCCCCCUUGCCGCCAAAAGCGAGGGCGGGCGCGUUCCCGCUCCGCCCCGCAGAGGCGGGCUGGGAGCUGGGGCUUGUGGUCGGCACCUCGUGGAUGCUGCCGCGGCGUGGCGGCGAGAGGCCGAGGCCAGGCGGGGUUGGGUGCUGCCAUGGCGCAGCGGAAGGGCUCUCGUAGCCCUUACUGCCUCUUCGUGUGCGACCAGCUGCCCGAGCUGCAGCGGCGCGGGCUGCCCGUGACCGGGGUGGUCGACGCCGUGCCCUACUGCUCCGAGGCGUGGGCGUUGCUGACUAAAGAAGAAAAGAUGGCAUAUGCCGAGAAGGCUCGUAAGUGGAAUGUAAAGAAACGCUCUCAGAAGACAGCAGAACAGAUGCGUAAUCUGGCUCAUCCAGUUCCUGCUCAUCUGACCACGAAGGUGCCCAGUGCUACUUCUCUUCCAGAUGCCUCUAUGUCUUGGAAGAACGAUCAGGCUGUGGUCACAGAUAUCUUCUACUUCCUGAACAUUUACAGCCAUGGCAAGCUGCCAUCCCACUGUGAACAGCGCUUCCUUCCUUGCGAGAUUGGGUGUGUCAAGUACUCCCUACAGGAUGGCAUAAUGGCUGAUUUCCAUCACUUCAUAGACCCAGAAGUACCGCCGCGUGGUUUUCGGUACCACUGCCAGGCUGCUAGUGAUGCCACUCACAAGAUCCCUAUAUCUGGAUUUCAUCUUCUACGUACUUGUUAUGCUGUUGUCUUACGGGAACUUCUUGAGUUUGUCCAGCCAGCCAGAGGUGUUCGGCCAUAUUUUUACUGCAGGUCUAACGACAGAUUCCGAAUUAACUGGUGUCUCCAUCGAAUGGCUAGCCUAACAGGCAUUGAGAGCCAUCCAGAGCUUCUUGCUGUAGAAGACCUGGUAAUAGAACUUUACCAUAAGAAAUACCAGAAGGAGCCAUCCAAGAAUUGGGUGUGUAGAGAACUGGAUGCCUUCCUGUGGGAUUUCUCCAGUAAUACCAGGUGCAAGUGGCAUGAAGAGAAUGAUAUACUCUGCUGUGCUUUGGCGUCCUGUAAGAAAAUUGCUUAUUGCAUCAGUAAAUCUUUAGCUAAUGUGUAUGGAGUCUCACUCACAGCUGCUCACCUGCCUCUUCAAGACUCUGAUUGUGGUAAAAGCACAAAUACCAAGAUGGUGGUGCUGGCUGCUGGACGUUUUCAGAAAAUGAAGGCUGAAGAUUCUGGAUGUGACAGACAUUUCACUUCUCCAAGUCAGGAUCAAGAGUUUGUCCCUUCUAAUUGUGAUUCUCCAUGUGGUGUGAAGACUUCCCUUUAUGGAAUAAGUACCAUGCGAGGAAGAGGAAUUACUCGUUUGCUGAAAAGUGCAUCUGAUCUGUCCAAGUCUGUUAGUAACUGAUAAUCUUUUUUACAUCCAGGACAUCUGUAAAUUCUGAUUUUUUUCCUUGUUUCCCUAAGGUAACCAGCAGCUUCUCCAGACUGGAGUUUUUCAUCUUAUGUGCAACCUUUGGCAGUUCAAGCUUUUGUUAGAAUGAUAAAACUAUUGACUGGAUUUAAAGAUGAUGAAAAUCUUGUUUAUUUUAUACAGGAAGACUUAUUUUGAAGAGACGCAACAAUUGCAUCUUGUCUUUAAAGCCAGUUCUAUUUCUUAAUGGGUGGAGUGCAAAUUCAAGAUUGAGUCAGUAUCAUUCGAUUAGAAUAAUUCUUUAGUGGCCAACGUGACUUUAAAGCAGUGCUUGAAUUCUUCUUUAAUAACCUCUUUCCGCUCUUCUCUGUGAGGAAGGUAGAAUUUCAGUGCAUAAGUCUCUUCCCAUAAAAUGAUCAAGGGUGGGGAGUACUGGAGGUAUGAAGGGCUGCACUAGGGGAAUUAAAGGUAUAAUGGUCUUGAAGGUUUGCUCAUAAUCUGUUAAUUCCAGUGAUGAAGAAUUGAGUGGCCAUUCAAUGCAAAAAAGCAGACUGUCUUGGAAGAAAUGCGGUGGCAAAUUUACCUCUCAAUUUUCUUUUAGUGGCACAGACUACAUACAUCAGGAACAAGUACAUAGAUAUUGUUUUUAUCCUUUGCAUCGGUUUUCUGUUUAAAAAAUGCAUAUGCCUCAAACUUACAGACCAAAGAGGAGUGUAGGUGAUAUGAGGGUUUUUUUGAAAGGAACAUGAAAUUCUAUCUGAGAUUUUAAUCUCCAGAUAUAAUUUCACAAGUUUGGUCAGGAUGGGUAGAUACCAGUCAUAAUUAUUUGAGGGCACAUAAAAAGAGGGAGACUGAUGUGUCACUAGGAAGUUACAUGUUCCAUUUUAUGGAGGUACAAGUCUGGGAUUAGUCCCUAAAAUGUUGUCUGAGCCCCAUCCUUAGUCCAUGUGUCUUUAAGCGAAUGAUUCUCAGGAAUGAGAGCGCCUAUUUUUUUUUUAUUUUUUUUUGAGUUGUUUUCUACAUUUUGUUCCAACAGAGGUCCAGUUGUGAAAUACUAUUUCCAUAGCAACUAACUAUGAGAAGAUAUUUAUUUCAUCGCCUGUUGGAACUGAAACUCAAAAUUAGGUAGUUCUUUUGGAUAAUGGGGGGGGUGGGGAAAACACACACACACAAAGAGGUCAUCACAUUUAUUAAUAAACUCAAGCAUGCUCAUCAGUAUGUCAAAAAGGCCAUUUGCUGGUGUAGUUGGGAACCUCAUACAGUUGCUGUUGCUUUACAGCCAGUUGAGGCCCUUCUGCCAGUAUUGCAGGAUCACUGAACAAUUUUGAUGCCUCUUAUAUCUAACUGCUAUAGUAUAUAUAUAGGUGUAUAUAUAUAGGUAUAUAUAUAUACCUAACUGCUUAUAUCACUGAAUUUUCUUGAAUUAUUCUGUAUUUCCUUCCUUUGAGGCUCCUGCUAAAUUUCACUAGACAGGGGACAAUAAGCCUCUAAGAUUGAUAUUUACUAAGGAAGCACUUGGGAAUGUUGUAACAGAGUUAAGAGUGUAUAUUUAGUAGUGAUAAAGGCUUCUCUUCACUGAAAUGGGGUUGUUCAAGUUUUAAGUUUCUUAACUGAGAACCAUUGCUGCAUUGACAUUUUAAAACACACAGAACUUUAAUCUUUGAAUUAUUUUCAGAGGUCAGUGUUGCAAUAAAUGUUUCAUGUUUCAGUUCUUAUGAAGAAGGUCAUUCAUUAUAAUUAAAAUAUUCAGUAUCAGUGUAAGUGCGCUAACCUUCGAGCAUUUGUUACUGUGCUUUAGUUAUUAUAUAUCUUCAAGUCUGAGAUAAGAAUCUGAGCAGAAAUGGAAAAAUGCAGAGUUAGGGUUUCAUGGCAUGCCUAUACCUUAUGACCUGUAACUUAAAAUAGUAUGUAAGACUCAGCUAUGUGCUGUAGGCAGUGGGCUAUUAACUAGGGCAGUAAUUGUCUUACUGUAAUAACCAACAACCUGUGGUGGUUUUUGUAGUAAAAAUUGUAAGAUCAAUGUAAUAAGAAUGAGUAUGCUAACUUGAUGUAACCCAUUUAAUACUCGUGUUCUGCAUAUAUUGAGGAGGUUCCCUAACAGUUAUUGGGGGAUGAUAGAAAAAGUUUUCAUUUUGGAGCUCUGCUUCCCUGGCUGUUUUGCCAUUUGAAACUGUUUGAUUUGUUGAAAAAUAAAUUCUGCUUAAUAAACACAAUACAGUCAUGCCUCUCUCCUUUAAUGGAAAAGAUGAGGAAAAGAUGAUGACUUACAGCCUUAGCACACUUCUUAAGUGCAAUGUAGUGGUAAGGUGCAAAUUGUGCGUCAAAAUUGGAACAAAAUUUGCAUGACAAAAUUCUCAAGGGGAACUAAAUCCAAUAUUUUGAGUGAUGCAGCCUGGCAGCUUUAAACAUGUACUUUCCACAUGGUAAAAAGUAACUAACUUAGUACUCCCUGCGUAUGGUUGUAUAGGUACAAUAGAAAUGGAACUGUCUGAAGAGUUGUUUUUGUAAAGGAGAUGCUUAGUAGAUUCUAUCAGAUGUGACUUUUUCUCCUCGUAUUAGUGUAGCUUGCUCAGUCCUGUGACAGUACUGGGUAAAAGUCAUCUUGGCUUUGCAUGUGCAUUAAAAAGUUAGUAAGUAUUUUUGUUCUUGUUAUACGAGUAAGUAGAUGAAUUGUGUGUUACUCGCUACUAUAAAGGUUUUGACUAGGAAAACAGUUGUCUGAGGGUCAUAAAAAGAGUGGACUGUGGUGACAACUUUGGUGAUCUAGUCUAUGACAUCAGUAUAUUAACCUGUGAUCACAUAUUUCUUUUAUUUUGUUCUAUUCAAAGAGUAUGCAACUGGUAACUGAUACUGGAAAAAAGAAGUCAUGUUCAUGUGGAGUAAUAUGAAGUUACUGCUUCUGUUUAGUAUGAUCUAUGAAUUUGACUGUUACUUGUGCACUUCUGCCUUGUCUGCCUUCUCCUUUCAAUACGCUGUAAAAACCAGGUAUGCAGAAGAAGUUCUAUUGACCACCAUCUCUACCUCAGCUGAGAAUAUUCUUAUCAGUACCUUGUAUUCUGAUUUAGCAGGAAUAUUCUCUUAAAUAUAUAAAUAUAUACUGUAGAUACAGUAAUACCUGGUUUUGAUGUCUUUAAUUUGAAAUUCAUUUUGGAAGGCUGAUCUUACCAGUAAAGGUGAAGGUGAAAAAAGCAUUCAGCCACUUAACCUUCCUCUUGUCCUUUAUGACCAGGUCCCCAUUCUGAUGCACCUGUGGAAGUAAUUCUUCUUGCCCUUCAUGUACUUCACCAGAUGUAGGUUUGGAUGGGCUUUGGCUUUCCUAACCCCACACCUGCACACUCACACAGCAUUUCUGUAUUUCUUCCAGAUUGCUCAUCCCUGCUUCUGACUCCUGUAUGUUUCCUUUUUAUGUCUUUGUCAGGAGCUCUUUGGUCAGCCUCCACUUGUUUUCCUGGUUAUCUUGGAGGAGUUUAUACCUGAAAAAUCUAUAAGCUUGCCUGAACCUCUCUUCAGGACCAUAUGCCACAAGAUUCUUCCAAGCAGAUCUCUGAACAGGCCCAAGACUGCUCUCCUGAGGUCCAGGGUCAUGAUCCUACUUUUUUUCUGUCCUCUUAGGAUCCCAAAUUCUACUUCGUCGUGGUUACUGAAGCAAAGUUUGCCCCCCCAGCCUUCACAUCCCUGACCAGUUCUUUCUGGCUUGUAAGUAUGAGGUCCAGCAGAGAGAACCUCCCCUCCUUGCCUUCUCAGUCACUUGUGUCAGGCUUCUUCCAGUUGUCUGAAGAAGGUUUCGUGUAUGUCUUUCUGAUAAGGCUGUUUACAGCAGACACCCACUAGAAUGUCACCUGUGUUGCUUUGCCCUCUGGUCCUGACCUGUGAGCUCCUGACUGACUCAUUGUUCAUCCCCAGGUGGAGCUCUGUGUAUUCCAACUGCUCUCUCACAUAAAGAGCAACUCUCCUUCUCCCCUCCCAGGCGUGAGAAAACAAGCUGGACAGUAAGUCAUGCAUGGGAAGGGAGGCUUAGUAAUCUCUUUACUCUUUGAGGCCUCUAGGCUGAAUACUUGUGCCAGUUUUAGGAUCUGCAUGAUAACUAGUUAUUAGAGAGUCUUUGCUGUGUCUAAAGUAAUAUUAGUCUUUAUUACAUCUUUAGCAAUCUGUUAUCAAAAUCUUAAACAGAAGACAGUAAUUUGUUGGGGAUUUUCUGGGUGGAGGGUCUGUCAAAUACUAGGUGUUGGAUUUUGCUGUUUGAGUGCAUGUUAAACUACAGGAAGCAGUGCUGUGAUCCUUGAUCACAUGGCACAGUUGAUACUCCUUCCACUGUGUGUGUUCUUUACCAGCUACCUUGGGCGAGGUCUCUGCUGAGUCAUUCCCAAAGGGAAAACUGGCUUUCAUUUUGGGGACCCUGGGUCUUGAGCCAUGACAUUCAGAUGCCAUUGUGCUGAAGGUCAGAUUCUUCCAACUAAAAAUUUAUGUUUGGUGAAUGAAAACGUGUAUUCAAGGAAACCCUGUCUGGAUUUCCUUGCAAAAUAGCUGUAGUUUUCUGUUCCUGAUAUCUCUAAAAAACCCUGCAUAAUUGAGAAGGAUCGUGCUUUUUGACCUGUUAGUUGAAUUAAAAAAUGCUAAUCUUUUCCCCUAGCAAGAAUUUACAACUUUGCGCAAAAGUUAAGUGACUCAAGUAUAUGUGUGAGACUGAGGUUUUAAUUUUUGGUUGAUCAAUAGAUGCAUAUGCAGCUGACUGUAAAAGGCUUUAACUACAUCUUUCCAUUUGGAAGAGUAAAUAUACUGUAGUGGGGCAGGGGAAAAGCAAGUUUGUUAUUUAGUUUCUGUUCUCUUCAUGUCUUCUGCAGGGUUAUCAAUGCUCACUUUCACCCUAGAAUGAGCUGCCAAUUAAUUUUCUAUUGCAGUGAUUCAGAAAAAUGAAAAAUAUUGGCAAACGCUUUUAUUAGUCUAACCCUGUAUUAUCUCUGUUCCCUCACUUUUCCUUGGUUUUGUCUUAGAAGCUCCCACAAGCUUCUCUAAUUACUAUUUUGAAAUAAUUUCCCUCACUUCCUAGUGAACAGGUGAAAGGCAGGAGAGAGAAGUUCCAAAUUCCCCUAUGUUGGGCUAUAAUAAAUUUAGUACUAGUUCCACUGCAUCCAGAAAUUAUCUUGACAGUUUGUUCAUUGUACUGUGAACUUCUUCAGAUAGAAGAUUGCCUUGGUGGCUUUCCUGGAACAGAUGAUACAAAUAAAUAGAAAAGUAGUGCUGUUACUCUAGCAACAAGAAUUGUGAGAUAAUUAACUCUUGUCUGUCUAGUCAGUUCUGAAUUGUGCACUGUACUGAAACUUGUAAUAAGCAGUGGCAGAGCUGGCUUUUGUGUCUGUGUAAUGCUGGAAGUGUUUCUCAAAAUCAUGAGAAGAGUGAGGAAGGCAGUGAGGGCAAACCUUGGGGGUUAUGCAGGAAAUGGGUAGGGGUGGAAUCCCUGGGGGGCAACUCUGAAAAAUAAAUAAGUUCAUUAAGGUUGGCAGCUCAUUAAGAGCAGCAUCUUCCAAAUGCAAAAACAGCCCAGGAAUUCAGGUAGAUCUAUCAGGGGACUGUCUUGUCUUUACACGGAACUCGUGGCUGCAGCUUAGUUCUAGUGCGGUGUAUAGCAGGUGGGAGCAGGUGUGAGAUACAGAGGAAGAAUUCACAAACACUAGCCAGGAACAUAGGGCUGGUUUUUGGAAAGCCAAAGCUCACCUGGAGUUGGUACUUGCAAGGGAUCAAGGUCAACAAGAAGAACUUUUAUGACUUUGUUAACAGUGGAAGACUGAACAGGGAAAAAGUGGUUCUGUUGCUUAGUGGUGUGAGUGAUGGUAGUAAUGUGGCCGGAGUAACACAGAUAAGGCUGGGGUGCUCAGUACUUUCUUUGUUUCAGCCUUAUUAACAAGGUCUCUCAGAUCUGUGUAUUCAGGAAGGGUUCAGGGAGUGGAUGGAGUCAGGGAUCAGUUGGCUGUGUAAAGAGUAAAGUAGGAAUUUAUCAAUACUUUUCCACCCGGUCAUUCAUUUUCUGUCAACUUCCUGCCUUUUGAGGGAAUUGGGUAUUGAAGUCGGAUACAGGUACAUUAAUUCUUUCAAAUUAAGUAAGUAUCGCUAGCUUUCCCCAUCCUUUCCCCAAAUAUGUUAGUGCUGCUUUAAUUUUGUUUAAAGUUGUGGGUAUACUACAGGCUCUUGGAUUUAUUCCUGCUUCAAAAGACACACAAGAAGGACAAGUAAUUAAUUCAGUCACAGGAAAACCUUGAAGUAAGAUAGGAAUUUGAAUAUCUGUAUUUCUGGUUGACUGAGUUUAAUAAAUUGGUUGAGGAAAAACACAUGUAGCAUUCUGAUAAAUACACAUCUCCCAAAAUGUUGGUCUUAUUAAAAAAAAAAAAAAAAGAAAAAAAGAAAA